AUGUUCACAGGAAUCGUGGAAGACCUCGGCACCGUCACCGAACUCAACACGCAAGACGCCACCGGCGGCACCUCCCUGACCAUCACGCUGGCCCCCGACUCCCAGCUCCUCUCCGAUGCCCACCUCGGCGACUCGAUCGCCGUCAACGGCGUCUGCCUGACCGUCACCUCCUUCACGCCGACGGCCUUCACCAUCGGCGUCGCCCCCGAGACGCUGCGCAUCACCAACCUCGGCGCCCUGACGACGGGCUCGCGCGUCAACCUCGAGCGCGCCGUCCGCGCCGACACGCGCAUGGGCGGCCACUUUGUCCAGGGCCACGUCGACACGACGGCCACCAUCGCCGCCGUCACCCCCGACGGCAACGCCCUGACCUUCCGUUUCGCCCCCGCCGACCCCGCCCUGCUGCGCUACGUCGUCUACAAGGGCUUCAUCGCCAUUGACGGCGCCAGCCUCACCGUCACCCGCGUCAACGACGACGAGCGCUGGUGGGAGGUCAUGCUCAUCAGCUACACCCAGGAAAAGGUCGUCACCGCCGCCAAGAAGCCCGGCGAGACGGUCAACGUCGAGGUCGACAUGAUGGCCAAGUAUGCCGAGAAGAGCCUCGCCGCCUACUUUGGCCAGGCUGGUGCCGCCGCCGCGGGGACGACCAUCAAGGACAUUGCGGCGCAGAAUCAGUGA